GAAACUCCAUCCAUUGUUGGCUUUGUUUUAGACACGUCUUUUGACAAGAAUACAUACGAUUUGCUCUAGUUUUUUUUUUGUCAAUUCGAUUUGCUCUAGUUAAAGAACAAGAACUUGGCAAUUUUGUCUCCAUACUUGUUACCGCUCAAGUCAAGUUCGUUGGGCCCUUGGGGCCUUUUCGUUAACAAGAUUCAUGUUUCCAAUCUGAGUCGUUGAAUCUAUGAACUCAAUACCAGCCCAAUACCAACCCAAUACAUGGCUUGCAUCAAUGUCGCCUGGUGCAUGAGAUAGCUAGUGAAUUCCUUUCCCAUUUUCUCCCAUUCGGAAUAUUAAACUGAACCAACGGUGAAAAGUCUUUAACUUCUUACAUAGUCUAAUUAACUUAUCUAUGAAAACAAAGGAGCACUGACUCGAAACGUAUUAGUUUGGAAGCGUCUGUAUGCCACCUUGAUCUGCUCUUCCUCUGCAUCUCAUCCAACUCUGUACUCAAAAACCAGACAACACAGAACCAAACCCAAGAAUGAUUAUGAAUUGUGUUUCACUCAGAAAUCUUAAUUCAUAUAAGAUAUGUUUAGAUUGGUUUCUUAUAUAAUAUAAAUUCCAUGUACAAUGUAUUCUUGUCUAUCAACAUCUCCGAUUUGAUAAGAACGUUGCUUACCUAGCUAAGUCAACUCUAAAAUAGAAAUGUAAGAAACAGUGUGGUGCAUUCAGUGGGAUUUUUGGUAUUACCAUUCAAAAAUGAGCAUUGAUAUAUAUUGAGCAUUGACCAUUCAAAAUAUAUUUGAUAUAUUUGGUACCAUCAACUGGAAUCUUAUUACCGGCCGUUUUCACUUCCCUAAUCAGAGAAUCCAGUACCAAUUCAUCAACCCCAGAACAAGAUCCGGCCCGAUGAAGAUCUUAUCUUCUUGAGUCUUGAUAAAGUCAAAUUAACACUAGCUCUGCCAAACCAGUCCCUUAGGUUACAUUAGACAGAGCAGUUAACCUUUCAUAGGCAUAGAUAGGCGGUGGAGAAAUCAACCAAAAACUAUUACUAACGUACUACUUGCGAAUUAAUAGCACGAUGACAGAUUCGUCACUGCACGAAAGCAUGGCGCCUAUCUUAAAGUCGUCCAUGAUCUUGCAAAAGAUUUCGAAUUCUUAAAAUUAAUCAACAUAUAUUCUAAGGAAAAAAACAUAUUGCAUAUUAUCGAUUUAUCAAUGAAGAAUGGUUAAUUAACAUCUGUUUCAUAAUUUCCUAUCCUAGUUCUAUACCUCAUGCAACGAACUUUGAAAUCUCUGUCUAAUCACUAAAAUUGUGUAACUAUGACGUGGUCAAGAUCUUUAAUUUGUUGAGUCUUCACAAAGUAAAAUUAACCAAGGCCCGCCCAUGUGAACGAUAUAGCAUUAGCUCAAAGCCAACAAAGCCGCUUGGGUUACACUAGAUAGAGGCUAGCUAACCUACUAGCAUUUCACUAUAAAUAGAGGUCAAUCUUACUCUUAUUUCUUUACACUUCACAAAAAUUAAUCGAAAACAGUUUUCUAGUAGUCAUGAUUAAGUUUGUUUCCAUCAUCACCCUUCUCUUUGCUGCUCUCGUUCUCUUUGCUGCUUUUGAAUCACCAACAAUGGUGGACGCGCAGAAGUUGUGCCAGAAGCCUAGUGCGACGUGGUACGGAUUAUGUGGAAAUAGUAAUAAUUGCAAGAACCAAUGCAUCAACCUUGAGGGAGCACGACAUGGAUCUUGUAACUAUAUUUUUCCAUAUCACAGGUGUAUCUGCUAUAUCCCAUGUUAAUCUACCAAAACUCUGUAGUGCUUGUGUGUUUAUUUACAUUCAAUAAGUCGUGUCACUCUCUGAGUGCCCUUAUGACAUGUACCAAGUAUGUUAAUGUAUGUUUUCUGUGAUACUAUAAAGUUUUAUGUACUACGUA